AUGUCCCGGAUAAGGCAAGACCCCGGGUUCUGGCCCCCAGCCUUCCGACUCAGAGUGCGGCCCCAGUCCCCCGCUUCCCGGGGCUCGGGCGUCAGGCCCAGGCAGGGCGAGGUAACAGGUUGUGCCGGCCGCGCCACAAGCAAGACUCGGGGUUUCUGUUUACUUCCCGGCCCGCCCCUGGGACCCGGAGCCCGCAGUCUCCUGGGCGCCCCGGCCCGGCGGCUCCGGGGCUCCGGAGGGUCCGACGCCCAGCGCGUCCCUGGGAGCAGCCGUCCGCCUCGGGAGCCCGCAGCCCCUUCCCUGCACCCGCGCUCGCACACCUGUUCUCCCCACCGCCCCGCGCCAGGUGCAGGAGCGCUCACCUGCCCGCAGGACCCAGGUGCCGCGGGGUCGCAGCUCGGCCGCAGGCGUCCGGGCCCCCAGCCCCCCGACCCUCCGGGGUCCGAACCCGGCCGGUCUGUCUUCCCCGCGGCGGCCCUCGGUCUCCCGGGCCCAGGACUCCGGCCGCCCGACCGGCCGCGGCGUCCCUCCUCCCCCAUCGCCUGCGCCCGGCCCAUCCUGCCCGAGGCUCGAAGGCCCCCUGCCCUCGGCGCCCCCCGGGCUCUCACCCGCCGCCGCCCGCCGGGUCCCGCCGAGGUCCCCACGGUCCCGGGUCCCCUCUUCCGGAGGCGGCACCCGGUCGGUGCGCAACCUGCACAGGUGAGCGGGCGGGGCCGCUGGCGGGACGGGGCGCCCCCUGGUGGCCGGAAUGGCCAGGCGGGGCCGCAGGAAAGUCACCCACGCCCUGGUCAGAGGCGUGUCUGCAGGCAGAACGUGAACAUGAACUCUGAGACUGACCCCUUCAGUCCAGAUGAAGACGGAAGAAUUUCAGAACUUGUCGCCAUAUCAGAGAUUCUGCUCCUAGGUGUGGCUGGCGUAGGCCUCCCUCCCGGCCCCACGGCCCCUUCUCAAGGCCCUCCUUUCAAGCUGACAGGCCCUGACGGGGAUGGAGGACCCGGUCAGCAAGGGCUGGGGCUGGAGGAGGUUCACAGUCCGUUGUCGGAGGCGGUGUAG